AUGCUACUAGUGAGAAGUCAAUUGAUUGAUGAGAGAAAAAGAUUCUUUUUUAUUUCACCAUUUGGUAUUGCCUUUCUAAUUGCAUCUAUUGGUACAUAUUCACGUUUUCUUCUUUUACCAUCAACAUCAUUACGCAAAGCAGAAGAUGUUCGUUGUGUUUUCCAACCAACUUAUCUUACUGCUGCUGUUUGGACAGUUCAUUUUGGUUAUGAUAAUAAUGCUCGUCCAACUCUUGAUCGUCUUGCAUCCGUACUUGCUGAUACGAAUGCAGAUCUUAUUGGUCUUCUUGAAAGAGAUACAGCAAAAACAUUUUUUCGAAAUAAUGAUUUAACAUCUUAUUUAGGAGAGAAAAAUGACAUAUGUUUACAGAUUUUGGUCGAUCAACAAAAGAUCAUACUUAGGGUACAUUAUUUAUUAGCAUCAUCAGAAGGCGAACUUGCUCCGGCUGUUCUUGCAACAAUUCAAAGAGCAAGGAAAUUAAUUGAUAUAAUUAUUGUUCAUAUGGGUAAUGAUCGAGAUGAUUUAGAUAGAAAAUUACAAGUUUUUCUUGGUUAUAUAACAUCGGAACGAUUUAGUCGUGAUUAUCGAACAAUAACUUCAGUUGGAAAAUAUAUUGAUCCAAGAGAUAAAGAUCGAUGGUGUCAAUAUAUUUUAUAUAAAAAUUUAAUUCAGAUAAAAUUCAUUUUAGUAUUGGUUAUGCUCGAAUUACUCAUGGAACGUUUGACUGAUAGAGAAAUUCCAAUGGCUACAUUUAAGAUUCUAACAAGUGAAAAAUUUGAUGAUCAUUCAAUUUUAGUUACUCAUCCAUCAGUUGUUACUGAACAAUCAGUUCUUUUUAAUUCAAACUAG